UAAAGACGUACAUCUUCAUAGGAAACCGCAAAACGGUUACGAGCAUUCACAGGCAGCCUGUAGCUCUUGUAUAUGCGCUCGAGUUGCUGUGGGAAAUGUGAUUUCCGAAUCGAAGAUGAUCUACGAAAAUAACCCGAGGAAUGGAGUAGGAGGACUGAGGGGUGAGGAAGCUGAUCGGGAGAUGUGGGACACAGUCGCGGGUGGUGAUUCUGAGGAAAUGUGCGAGUAGUGCGGGACGGAGGGAGUAUUUUAUAGGAGGAUCAAGAUGGCGUUAGGACCAUCUAUGUUGAUAACUUCAUUGAUGACAGUGGUGCUCAUCGAUAUGGAAGUGACAAUGAAAACUCUCCAAGUCGUGCUCCCCAGGGAACUUCAACUUAUAUAUUUUGGUUGAAAUCCUGCUGAAGAAUGAGAAGAAUAUGCAGAAAUAAAUGAGUUCUUCAAAAUUGGCAAGAAAAGAAAGAAAACUGAAAAAAGUGCUGCCGAGGUUGCUCUCCUCGUUCAAAGUGUUAUGGCGAAACUGGAGGUGGUUGCCGAGGAAGAUGCUGAACUUAAUCAGCAGGGAAAACCUGCCAUAAACAAAUUGAAGAAGUUAUCCCUUCUCACAGAUGUCCUAUCAAAGUUAGUUGGCUGGUCUUAAUUUCUGUUUGUGUCUAUAAUUUCUUUUAUUAUAUUUGUCUUGCAUGGGUUACUUUUGGGUAGAAAACAACUCCAGCAAGAAUUUCUGGAUCAUGGAGUUUUGACUCUCCUGAAGAACUGGCUCGAGCCUCUACCUGAUGGGAGUUUGCCAAACAUCAACAUCCGUGCUGCAGUUCUCAGGAUUCUGUUCGAUAUUCCAAUUAAUUUGGAUCAGUUUGGUUGAAGAUAACAAUUAAAGAAAAGUGGCAUUGGAAAGGUCAUUAUGUUUUUGUCGAAGUCAGAUGAGGAGACUACAGACAACCGAAAACUUGCUAGAGAAUUGGUUCACAAAUGGAGCCGUCUAAUUUUCAACUAGAGCACAAGGUUUGAGGAGAUGAAGAACUUUGAGGAUGAAAGAGUUAUGAGGCGGCCUACUCUCAAAAAGGUGAUGAGUAAAGGAUCAGGAAUGCCGUCUGCAGACUAUGACAUUGAUUUAUCAAAAGAAUCUCCCAAGGGGUUAAAAUCUGCCCAUUCAUCUUCUAAUCAGCAUGCUUCUAGGCCAGAAGCAAUGUUGAUGGAUUUUUUGGUCCGUCCUCAGUCCAAGGUUGAUCCAGAUGUAGUGAGAGCUCGGGCUAAACAAGUGGUACAAGAUCAGCAUCGUGCGAAGUUUUGGAGUCACCGAGGCUUGCAAAGUGGGAAUAUUUUUCUCGUAGUAGCAUCAGCUUUUUUCCCCUCACUCUCUCGACCAUCAUGAAGUCAAGGCAGUGUUAUUCAUUGAUCUUGACAACAGUUACUUUCUGAUUUUUCGUGGCUACUGAAGAAUGUUGGAGUUAACUUGUCGAUCAUAUCAUUCUUUAUGCUCCUUCUCGUCCUUCAUAUUGGUGAUGAACACAAAGCUGCAGCAGGUACAGGCUACAAAGCUUAGUGUUGAAGGUCGUGAUUCAGCGGGAAUUCGCCGACACGCACUUCAGCGUAGUAUUUCUCAUCACACUAACCAAUCUCCGGCCGCCGAUGGCUGAACCAAUCGCCUCCAACGAGUUAGUGCUGCAGCAGCAGCAGCAGCAGCAGCCUCCCCCGAAACCUCGGCCCAAGCGCUUCGUGAAGAACCAAAUCCCCGACUCCCUCCUCAACGACGCCGCGCUCAACGCCGCCAUCUCCCUCCUCCCAGCCAACUACAAUUUCGAGAUUCACAAAAUCAUCUGGCGCGCGCGCUCCUCCAACGCCACCCGCGUCGCUCUCCAGUUCCCGGAAGGCCUCCUUAUGUACUCGCUCGUCAUCUCCGACAUCCUCGCCACCUUCGCCGCCGUCACCCAUUGCUUCAUCCUCGGCGACGUCACCUACGGUGCCUGCUGCGUCGACGACCUCUCCGCGCGCGCGCUCGACGUCCACCUCCUCGUCCACUUCGGCCACAGCUGCCUCGUCCCCAUCGAUUCCACCACCGUCCCCGUGCUGUACAUCUUCGUCGAGAUCGCAAUCAACACGCGGAAGCUCCUCCACGAGCUGAAUUUCAAUUUCAGCCCUGAUCAGAUCAGUAAUUUCGUCAUGGCUGGAACUAUUCAAUUUUCCAAUGCGAUCCGCUUGGUGAAGCCGGAGCUGGAGAAUUUAGGGUUUAGGGUUUUGAUUCCCCAAUCGAAGCCCCUUUCUGCGGGAGAGGUCCUCGGGUGCACUGCACCAAGCGUGAAGAUACAAGAUUGUGCGGGAAAGGAUAGUGUGAUUAUAUUUGUGGCGGAUGGAAGGUUCCAUUUGGAGGCGUUUAUGAUUGCAAAUCCUGAUAUUAAGGCGUUUAGAUAUGAUCCUUAUUUGGGGAAGCUGUUCUUGGAGGAGUACGAUCACGUGGGGAUGAAGGAGAAUAGGAGAAAGGCGAUAGAGAGAGCAAAGGGGGCGAAAACAUGGGGUAUUGUAUUGGGGACGUUAGGCAGGCAAGGGAAUGCUGCUGUGUUGAACAGGUUGGAAGGGAAAAUGAGGGAUAAAGGAUUGGAUUUUAUGGUGGUUUUGAUAUCCGAAUUGUCGCCUAGGAAGAUUGAGCUGUUCGGGGAUGCAGUGGAGGCUUGGGUUCAGAUUGCGUGCCCCAGACUGUCUAUUGAUUGGGGCGAUGCGUUUAAGAAGCCGUUGUUGACAUCCUUUGAGGCUGAGAUUGCACUCAGGGAUUUGCCUGGGUGGUGGGAGAGAAAAUUAGAGUGUAGUGACAGUUCAGAAUGUGGCCAGAAUGAAGGUUGUUGUGGAAAUGGCAAUAUGCAAAAGGGUGUGGAUUAUCCAAUGGAUUAUUAUGCACAGGAUGGAGGGGAGUGGAAUUCUUCUUACUCGAAGAAGCUUGCUCAUAAUCGUGGGAAAAAAGAUCAGUGUUGCAAUGGAAAUAGUGUGAGAUGUUAAAAGAUUUGGAUGAGAUUAAAGAUAGAACUACAUGUCAUAGUUAUACCCCAUUUUUCGUUUGUAUCUUUUAACAUAUUGAUAUCGGGAAUGAGUUUUGUUCCGGCCUAUAUCCCUUUGUUAUAAAAUUCUGUUUAUGUUUA